AUGGAAGAUCAAUGCAGUCCUCUCAAUUGGGCUUAUUACUACCAAGAUGAGGGAAUCCAUGGAAUCGAUGAAUUGAAGCAUUCUCUGCUGUAUGCUACUCUGGAGCUGGAAAGUACAGUUCUUUCUGCUAAAGAGGAGCUUGCUAGAAAAGAUGAUGAGCUUAUGGCUCUCAAAUCUCUCUUGUCCAGAACAACUAAAGAGAGAGAUGAAGCCUUGCUCAACACUGAACAACCAGUUGCUGCAAAACCAAUAUUGAGUUCCGGCACAACUACUACCACUAGCAAUGAGGAUGAGCCAAGAAGGGGUGAUUCUUAUACCGGAAUUUCCUCUUCCGAUUGCGACGAAAACGUCAUUGUUUCGCCGGCCGGUAAGGACUCUGUUUCUGCAAAAACAGAGCUUCCCCUGCUUCACCAUCAAGCUUUUACAGACUUGACUGACAAAAUUGAGCUGAAAAAGCCAUUGCCGGAAAAAGGGAAGUUCUUGCAGGCGGUAAUGGAAGCCGGGCCGCUAUUACAAACGCUUCUCUUGGCCGGACCGCUGCCUCAGUGGCAACAUCCGCCGCCGCAGCUCAGCGCAAUCGACAUUCCUCCGGUGACAAUUUCUUCUCCAAGGCCAAGGCUUCUACAACACCAGGAUUCCUGUCUUAGUACUUGCAGUACUAAAAAAAGAGUCUUUCCAAACAGUACUGAACAGUGCUGUGAUUCUUCUUCUUCACCUCGCAAUUCAAAGUACCAAAGAGUUGUUCACCAAUCAUCAUUGACCAGCAUUUAG